AUGCGAGGAGAGUCAAAAGAUAUUAAAUUAAUAUUAAAGAAGAGAGGGCUUUGGAAGAAUAGGUUGCUUUUAGAAUGUAAAACAUGUAAAGAUAAAAAAUUGGCAAAAGAUAAUUUACAAAUAGAUUGUUGUGCAAGAAAAAUAAUAGCAUCUCAACCUGAUUUUAUUGUACAAAAGUCAGCAAUUGUGGAACUAAUAGAAGGUACUGAUUUGCAACAAACUGUUUCUUGUGCAUUAGAUUCAGUUGAUAUUAUUACAAUAAGGAAGUUUGCUCAAAAAUCAUGA